CAUGAAGAGCGAGAGAUCUGAUCGAGCGGGCGGACGGACGAGUGGUUUUUUCCUUUUUUGCUGCACCGUGAAACAUGCCAAGGUCUUUCCUGGUCAAAAAGGUUAAGCUCGAUGAUUUUUCGACUGAUGACCUCGAGAGCUCGUAUGGCAGAUCCCGAGCGGACCUCAGCAUCCGAUUUCACGAUAAAGGGUACAUUAGUGACUACAUAACCCCCUCCGUGUAUGAUGCAGAAAGUGAUCGUGGGAUUAAAGUGCCCUCACCCGGGCCCAUCUACGAAAGCCUGCAUGUUGACUACAGCGCACCUGAUUCGGACCAGCCAGACAGCCCUCGCUCGGAGAUCUCCUCCGGCUACAUCAACGGCGACAACGCAGUAAGCGAGGGCUACACUGUAGAUGCCUUUUUCAUCACAGAUGGCCGAUCACGAAGAAGAGCAGUGGCCAGUGGGAGAAACGUGCAGCGGCACACAUGCAACGAGUGUGGAAAAAGCUAUGCCACAUCAUCCAACUUGAGUCGCCACAAGCAGACACACCGCAGCAUGGACAGCAAGAUGGCUAAGAAGUGCCCGACAUGCGACAAGGUGUACGUCUCCAUGCCGGCCAUGGCCAUGCACCUGCUGACGCACGACCUCAAGCACAAGUGUGAUGUGUGUGGCAAGGCGUUCAGUCGGCCAUGGCUGCUGCAGGGCCACAUGCGCUCGCACACGGGUGAAAAGCCGUUUGGCUGUGCACAUUGCGGCAAGGCUUUCGCCGACCGCUCCAACCUGCGCGCGCACAUGCAGACGCACUCGGCCUUCAAACAUUACAAGUGCAAGCGCUGCAACAAGACCUUCGCCCUCAAGUCCUAUCUGAACAAGCACUAUGAGUCAGCCUGCUUCAAGGGAGCCUUCUCACCGCUUAUACCCGAUUCAUGA